CAUUCAGGUGCUCAUAAAGGUCACGUAUAUCUGCUCCAGUGCAGUUUUAUUAUUGGUAAUAAAACUAGCUCACACUUAUGCAGGUGCUAGAAUUUAAAUAGUCUAUAUUUCAAAGGUCAAAUGAAUAAGCAUUGUACUAUAGUUUAAAGAACAAUGUGAUGAUUUGGAUACAUGCAAAAUACAGAAUUUGAUCAGACUUUGGUUACAUAAUUAGAGGGGACUGAGGCAGUCAAUUCUGAGAUGUGCCUGCUUAGCACUGACAUUUAUUUCUGGCCACACUUCCUACAUUGUGUAUUUAUGGCCCAAACAGAAAGCAACAGACUGCAGGGACAUCCUUGACUCACUGCACAGCGCGUUAGAAUAAUUGUUUGUUAAAUGACUGGCUGAGGCUGUAUGUGUGUAGCAAAUUAAUCCAGCAAAUGAACACUGGACAAAAUCCAAAGCGCCCAGGCAUCAAAAUCAAAUAAUUUUAUUGUAGCUUGCCAAAAGCCUUCUCUGCUUGGAUGAGAAGUGCAAUGGGCAGCUUUGAAAAAUGGAACGUUAAGUAAGGCUUGCACUCAAAUCAUGAGGAAAAAGUGGGACUAAUGUACAGGACCUUUUUAGACCUUCCGUUGAUUAAAAUAAAGGUCUAAGAUGUAAAACCUUUUCAAUAAUUUAAAAAAGCACAGUGGUGCGGUUUUAAAUUACUGUAUUAGUUAGACAGCCUUUAGAAAUAAACUUAUGACCAAUAAACUUAUAACAUUAGGCAAAGAGCAAUAAAGCUAUACAGAUUAAUAAGUUCAAUUUGAUGCUAUAACUUUGGUGACACUUCAGAGACUAGAACCAAUCUAAGUGAAUUGCUCUAACAGGGCUUAAUUAGAUGUGAUGGAGCAUUUUAUCAGUGUGAAAACCUGGAUGCAAAAUAAAGUAGUCACUUAUUACCCCCAUUUGAUUUUGGUUUGGUUUAUUGCAGUUAAGCACUAGUUGCUACAAUCCAGCUGGUAUCUCAACAGUUAACAUCUGGCACAUCUGGACUCUAUAAGUGGUCAUGUGACUAUAGGGAAGUCGAAACUCCAGCGGAACCUGCCUUCUGCAACCAGAGGAUUUGGCCAGGAAUUGCAGUUUUAUUAACCAUAAUUUAGGCAUGCACCAACAUUUCAUACUUACUUUUUUCUUUUUACAAUGGAUUCAAGUUUUCUCCGUUGUAUCAGUUUGUCUGUGCAGGGUCACCACGGAGCAGGAGUUUGCUGUUCUGGAGGGCAGAUCUCUCACUAUACCAUGCCAUUAUGAACCACAGUAUGCUGGUUAUGUGAAGUACUGGUGCCGUGGGCGUAUGAAGGAAUUCUGCACCAGCCUGGCCCGUACAGAUGAACCCAGAACCCCUGAAAUAUCUGCUCAGAAAGUCAUGAUUUAUGAUGAUCCAGUGCAGUUGGUCUUUUCUGUUACCAUGACGCAACUGAAAGAGGAUGACUCUGGCUGGUACAUGUGUGGAGUGGAGAUCGGCGGCAUUUGGAGUGCAGAUCUGUAUGCAUUCACUAACAUAAAGGUCAUUCAUGGUAUGUCGGUGCUCCACAGCAGACUGACUGGAGAAGAGGGAAGCAGUGUUAUGGUCGAGUGCUUUUACAGUGAAAAAUACAGAGAGAGCCCAAAGAAGUGGUGCCGCAGCGGGGACUGGAGCUCCUGUCUGCUCACCGACUCUGAAGGAGCAUACACAGACACCUCAGUGGACAUACGGGACGACAGAUCUGGGGCCUUCGCUGUGACCUAUAAGAGGCUUCAGAUGAGGGACACUGGCUGGUACUGGUGUGGAGCGGGACAGCAGCAGGUAGCCGUGCACCUGCAGGUUCUGCCUCGGAUCAUCACAACAACAGUGAUGCCUGUCACAACUUCAUCCACUGAAAAUGUGCCUCAGCCCAUCACUAACAAUGCCUGGAACACUCACAGUUACAUCCUGGGAGCUCUGCUGGUGUGCGCCGCUUUUCUGCUCAUCCUGGGAUUUGCCAUAUUUGCACGAAGGAUGUGGAAACUGCACAAGAAUGAUACAGACCUAGGACAUGAAUCGGGAUUGAAAGUCAGAUUUAAUGACUAUUCAGAGGAGAUGGGGGAAAUGCAGGCAUCUGCUGUUGUUUUCCUCAACAAGAAUUCCCAGAGUUCACAUAUGCUUUGAGCAGAAAAUAUAUUUUACAUUUGUUGUCACUGUAUUUUUAUACUUUUUUAUCUCCUGCACAUCCUUCAUACGUGUUUGUUCUUGGCACCACACACAAUACAGCACUUGAGUGUGAUCCAAGGAACCGUAUGAACAAAAUUCCCAGUACCCUCCUCCAUCUGCAGGAUAUUUUUGUAAACAUAUGUCUGUUGUCAAAAUGCUACACAGAGUAACAGUCUGACUAAAGUGCCAAAUAUAAAUAGUAAUAUAGGUAAUGAUCAGGCAUACCAAUAUGACCUGACAGGUCAAGUGAACAUGACAGUCCAACACUCAUUAGUUGUACGUGGUACAAGUGCCUUUGUCGAGACAGCAUCCCCAUUUUCCUGCAGAAUAACUCUAUGUAAACUGUGGCCUACAUCAGGCUUAAGUAUCUCUCUUAAAGAUGAACACAUACAAAUGAGUGCUGCUCUGAGAUGUCCUAUCCAGCAGAUAGCACAUUAGACUGAUGUUCCUACUGACAGAAAAGCUUCGGUGUGCUCUCCGGUGGUGUAGUGGUUUAAGGCAUGACACAUGUGGUUAUUACCUCAGCGCUGUAGCUCCACCUCUGGCUGUCUGAAUGUCUCUACCUUUUCUCUCCUCAUUUCAUGCCACAAAUAAAGCGUUCGAGCUGGAAAAACUCUUAAAAAAAAAAAAUUAUGUCUAUAAAAUGUAAUAUAUGUUUGAUUAAACAAAUUGCAGUAUGUACUAAUGUGAACAUGUUACCUUGUAUUCAGACAGUAACUUUUUAUUAUUGUCUCUUAUCACAAAUGUUUUUGUUUUGUUUUUGUGUAUGAAUUGCAAUGUUCUAACAAUAAACCCAAAUCUUAACUUAAAACAUAUU